GGCGACUCAGCCAAGAAUGCCUUCCACUCUGACCCCAAGAACACUGUAUUCAACACCAAGCAUCUUUUUAGACGCAAGAUGGACAAGACUGAAGUAAAGCGUGACAUAAAAAACUGGCGCUUCAACGUCAUCAACAAUGGUGGCAAACCCGUCAUCUUUGUCAAUGACAAGGGUGACACUCACAAGCUGUUUACUCCUGAGGAGAUCUCUGCCAUGGUUCUUACCAAGAUGAAGGAGACCACCAAGGCUUACCUCAGUUACCUUGGCGAGAAGCUCACCCACGCCAUCGGUACUGGCCUUGCUUAUGUCAACAAUGCUCAGCGUCAAGCUACCAAGGAUACCGGUAUCAUUGCCGGCCUUGGGUCUUUGUUGCGUUGA